AGUGCCAGAUCACAGGGCGCCCGGCAGCAGGUGCCCACGUGGGCCAAGUGUAGGCUCUCCCAGGGGCGGGCCCCUGGCUCCCAGAGCGCGGGGGCUGCGUCUCCUCCCCGCCGGCCUCGCGGCAGCUGGGCCCUCCCCCGGCGCCGGCAGCCUCGCGGAUACCGCCCCUGCCUCCCUCCCGCCCGCCGCAGCCGCCUGCCGGCGGAUCUCCCAGCCGCCGGCCCACGCGUCCGCCUCCGGUCGUCAGCCCCCCGCCCCCGCAGAGGACCGACUGCCCAGACCGCCGGUCCCGGGGCUCCUUGGGCGGGGCCGAUCCCAGGGAGCCCCCUGACUGCCUCCCAGAGCUGGGUGGGGAAAAGGGAGCUUAGCCCGCCGCCGCCUCCGAGCUGGCCGCCAGAAGUGUGCUGUAGCUGGAGAGACCGUUUGGAUAGAGAGAAAAGCCUGCGGACCGAGACCCAGCUGUGCUGGCCCCUGGAUGAGUCUUCUGGACCCAAGCGCUGGGAACCCCACCCCACCACUGCUUGAGGCCAAGUACACACAAGCCCCAGAGAACGCUGACCCAUGUGCCCUGGCAAUUCCCAGAGCCAGAAGGAAAAAAAAAUCAUAAAAUAAUGGUUAUUGUCUCUGGCGGCCGGAGAUGGGCGCCCGGCCCUCGCGGCGGCAGCUGCCCGCGGACCCGCCCCUAGCCUUGGACGCGCUGCCCCCGGAGCUGCUGGUGCAGGUGCUGAGCCACGUGCCGCCGCGCGCCCUGGUGACGCGCUGCCGCGCAGUGUGCCGCGCCUGGCGCGACGUGGUGGACGGGCCCACCGUGUGGCUGCUGCAGCUGGCCCGCGACCGCAGCGCCGAAGGCCGCGCACUCUACGCUGUGGCCCAGCGCUGCCCGCCCAACGGCGAGGACGAGGAGUUCCCGCUCUGCGCCCUGGCGCGCUACUGCCUGCGCGCGCCCCUAGGCCGCAACCUCAUCUUCAACUCCUGCGGAGAGCAGGGCUUCAGAGGCUGGGAGGUGGAGCACGGCGGGAACGGCUGGGCCGUGGAGAAGAACCUAACGCUGGUGCCGGGGGCUCCUUCCCAGACCUGCUUCGUGACUUCUUUCCAAUGGUGCUUCAAGAGGCAGCUUGUAGACUUGGUGAUGGAAGGGGUGUGGCAGGAGCUGCUGGACAGUGCCCAGAUCGAGAUCUGUGUGGCCGACUGGUGGGGUGCCCGAGAAAACUGUGGCUGCAUCUACCGUCUCCGGGUCCGCCUCCUGGAUGUGUACGAAAACGAAGUGGUCAAGUUCUCGGCCUCACCCAACCCAGUUCUUCAGUGGACGGAGAGAGGCUGUCGACAGGUGUCGCAUGUCUUCACCAACUUUGGCAAGGGCAUCCGCUACGUGUCAUUUGAGCAGUAUGGGAGGGACACGCGUUCCUGGGUGGGGCACUAUGGCGCCCUGGUGACCCACUCCAGUGUGAGGGUCAGGAUCCGCCUGUCCUAGCCAACUGAUCCAGCCUUCCAGAAAGUACUGCCAUCUGGGCAUCAUCAGUCAAGGGCAGUUUUGAGGCUGGGAGCCCAGCUGGGAGCCGGGUGCCCGUGGACAAGUGGGUGUCCCAUGUGGCCCCUUCCCGGCGGCCCUCUGGGGAACCCCACUCACUGCUGUUUCAGCAUGGUGCCCACACGCUGUACAAGAAACCAGGGAUCCAACCAGGCUGCUCACCACUUUCCCAGCUUCCCAGGGUGGGAGAACUUACUCCCAGAGUAACUCAGAGAUGUUUACUUUUCUUGCAAAUUGUUUUCUUACACGUGUGGAUGUCAGUUGGCGGACUGAGUCACAAGACAAAGGCCAAACCAGGAUUUUUAACCAUGGGGGAAAGUCGCUGAUCACCCGGGACGGUGACUCCUGACCACAUGUUUGCAGAGUAAGCUAGCAGGGAGCAGACCUUAGGCGGGGCAGUCUGUCCUUGAGGUCACCAACAGGGGCAUCAAAAGGAACCGUUUCCUUAGUCUUCAGAGUCCCUGGGACUCAGCUGUGAGGCUUGUGUGACCUUCUCUAGCACCACCCAUCAGCGCCUGCCCUUUGGGCCUGGCUGGUACCGUUUCUAUCAGAAUUCCUAAGUCCCUGCUGAUCCACAAACCACGUCCCCUGCCCCACCUCCUGUCCCUACCUCAUGGGAAGCUCCCCUCCUGCUGGCCAACAGACUCCUUUUCUCUACUCCCUUGCAUUCAGGCUCCAAGAGCAAGGUGUGCCACAGGGGAAAGCACUCGGGCCUGCCUCCCUAGUGUCUCCUGCUCUCUCCCUGGCUGGGCACAGCCAACCAAUAAAAUCGGUGCUAAAUGUGAAACAAGGGGGGACUUCGGUCUGUAAUCAAUGAACUGUCUGCCCCCAGCCCUGACCCUAAAAGGGCCCGUGUGAGGUUUCUGAUCAUGAGAAAUUUAGGAGGUAUGCUAAGCCCCGUGCGGGUGAUGGAGGGCAGGCCCUGUUAUUUAUUUGGCCCAGGAGGAAACAGGCUCAGAGUUUAAAUGUCACCUGGCCAGUAGGCAGAAAAGGCAGGACUUGCACAGAACCCAGUGAUGGAAGGAAGGCUCUCAAAUCUUAAAAUCUAAGCCCAUCAUCAGGCAAGGUCAGUAUUAUUUCAGUGCCAUUUACCAAGGGAGGAAACUGAGGCAGAACAAAGACAGAGAGUCAGGAUUUGGACCCAGGUGUGUGUGGGUCUGAAAAUAACCGAGAGGAGCAGCUCCCAGGCAGCCAGCAGCACACCUGCUCUGAGCCUCCCAACACCCCGGCACAGAUGAGGAAACCGGACAGCCGGGCUGUCCUUGCCCAGAUCCUCGGCCCGUGGGAAAGGGAAAAGGGCCUCAGAGCCACCUAGCAGACUCUAGAGUUCCCCCAAAGAGUAGCCAUUGGCAGGUGUUCUACACUCAGGACCUC